UGUCUAGGGGGUAGCUCCAGUGCCCACCCCUCUGAUGGUCUCCAUGGUUACCUGUGCCCCACAGGGCAUCGCUGUCCUGUUGGCACAGCUUCAGAGGUACCCUGUGAGCCUGGCACCUACAGUCCUGCCCCUGGCGCUGCACACUGCCUCACCUGCCCUAAUGGCACCAUGUGUCCCUCCUCUGCCACCCAAGAGCCCUCUCUCUGCCCUGCUGGUCAUUUCUGUCCUGCCGGGUGUGUGUUACCUCUGCCCUGUCCUGUUGGGACCCUCAGUGAACAGACAGGAGCCCCCUCCCCCUCUGCAUGCAGGCCCUGCCCCUCUGGGCUCUACUGCAGCUUGCCUGGCACCUCACUACCACAAGGCCAGUGCCAGCAGGGCUACUUCUGCCAGCGUGGAGCACCAGGUCCAGCUCCCCAGAGCUCAGCCAUCUUUCCCAGGAAUGGGCCCUGCCCUGUGGGCCACUAUUGCCUGUCUGGGACCCUCUCCCCACUGCCGUGUCCUGCAGGCAGCAUCCGAAACCACACUGGUACUUAGAGAUACACUACCAGUCAAAAGUGGGUUAUCCAUAGACAGCUGCUCCCCCUGUCCCCCCGGACACUACUGUUCCAUUGAGGGCCUGGCCUCCCCCAGUGGCCUGUGUGCUGCUGGCUUCUACUGCCCAUUUGACUUCUCCUCCACCACGCCCUAUGCCUUCCUCUGCCCUAAGGGUCACUACUGUCCAGAGGGCUCUCCCCUGGCCCUGCCCUGUCCUACAGGAGAGUACCAGCCCAACCCAGGCUCUGACUCCUGCAUCCCCUGCCGCCCUGGCUUCUACUGUGAGGAGGCUAUUGUUGGAGACCCCUGGCCCUGCCCCCCUCACUCCUUCUGCCCUGCAGCCACAAUGGUUCCCCAGCCGUGCCCCAACGGUACGUUCACCCCUGCUGACCUAGAGGGGUUACAGGAAGAGCGGGAGUGUCUGCCCUGCCUCCCAGGGAGGUUCUGCAGGGCUGGUAAGAUACAGGGCCGUUGUGCAGCAGGGUAUCUGUGUAUGUCCGGCAGCUCUGAGUUCACACCACAGGGUCCUCACUCCAACUGGAGCCAGUGUGAAUGGGGGAUGCAGUGUGCCGGCCCCUGUCCAGCAGGAUUCUACUGCCCAGAAGGUUCAGAGAAGCCUGAAAUCUGCCCUGAAAACACUAUCAGAGUUUCACCUGGAGCAGCCAAUAUCCACGAUUGUCUGCCAUGUCCACCACAGCACUGGUGCAAAAAAGGUGACCCUGUCCUGCAUCUGUGUCCUUCUGGUCACUACUGUGAUGGGGUGGCUGGUGGUGACUACGAGGGAGGGACUGGACCCAGGGAAUGUCCAUUAUUCACCUACAGAUCCACCCCCGGGGCAGCCAGCAAGGGGGACUGCCACCCCUGUCCUCCUGGAUCCUAUUGUAACUCUACAGGUAUUACAGAUUACUCUGGCUACCCCUGUCCCCCGGGCUACUGGUGCAGUGGCACUGGUCUACCCAUCCUAUGCCCGGCGGGUACCAUGAGGCCCCUGCCAGGGGCAGCAGCUGCCAGUCAGUGUGAGCCGUGUGCAGGGGGCACCUACUGCCCAGACCCCAUGUCCACAGGGCAGCCCAACAUUGCUGGAAUCUCCUGUAGAGCCUCGUACCAGUGUCCCCCUGGUGCGGUCUCAGAGAGGCUGUGUAAGGCUGGCUCCUACUGUGGGCCCCAGACUGCAGAGCCUGAAAUUUGUCCUGAAGGCUACCUCUGUCCAGAGGGAUCUCACACUUACAACACACCAAACCAAGUUUGCACGUUUCCCUACUACUGUCCUGCCAACAGCUCUGCCAUGCUGUCAUGUGAGGGGGGCUCCGUGCCCCUUAACACCAGUGGCCCCAGAGCCUUCCAGGACAGCAGCUGUGGGCUGUGUGAGGCAGGGACCUACCGACCUCGGCUGUCCCCCCAACCUCACUGCCUCACCUGCCCACCAGGGUACCACUGCCCUCCAGGGACAGAGCACUACCACAGCAACCCCUGUCCCCUGGGCUAUGUGUGUCCACUGGGCUCACCCAGUCCUGUCCCUUGCCCCCCUGGUUCUUUUGGUAAUCUCUCCAACGCUGAACAGCUGGAGGACUGCUACCCAUGUCCGCCUGAUACCUUCAACCAUCUGGCUGCCCAGAGAGCCUGUUUCCCCUGCGGAAGCUCCUCUACUGCACCCCAAGGGGCCUCUUCCUGCACCUGCGUUGGGAAGAACCGUGCUUUCCAGCACUCAGACGGCUCCUGUCUGUGUCGAACUGGCUUUAUUUUCUACAACGAUCUGGAUUUCAAGAGCUCCAGCUCUGACAGUGAACUGGACUGCCAGCCUGAGGUUAACAAGCGCUGCAGUGCGGGACAGGUGCGUCUGGCUGCGUCCAGAGAGUGUGUCUCCCCCUCUCACCACUCCUGUAACGUCACCUGUGGACCGCAGGGAGGGAGUCUGGAUGUGGAGAUGGGCAUCUGCCACUGUGAGCGCUACGUAUCAGCAGAGGAGCUGUGCAACACCUCGUGUCUGUCCCGACUGCCCCACAUCUCUGCCAGGCUCUCCCCAGAUGGACAGCUGCUGCUGGGGAUCAAAGAGCCAGAUGAAAGCCGAGCGUGGAGCAGAGUGAGCACCACCACCACCAGCCACCACCGCAUGCUUACUAAAAUGAUGGAUAUUUUGGGACCAGACGUCCAUGUGAAGAACAUUGGAAACAUCCACUUUGUUCAAUUUGAUUCUGAAGGUGUAUUCGGUUGGAUUCUGAUGGACCGAAAUGUUAUUGAAAUGGCCCUGACAGCAGAGCCAAUCGAAUUUAUUGACAGGCGAUCAAGGAAGAGGAGGGAUCUAGAAUCCAAGGCAGAACUUCUACACUCCAAUGUCCUCCCUCGUAUCCCCAACCCCAUAGCAUGCCUCUCCUCCAAUGACAUGCUCAUCUUCCAGCUCACCAUCAACUACACUGACCGUCACCUCAGCCACUUCCCAGUGUAUCAGAAAGACCAUCUCUUCAAUAGCAACCCUAGCUGGGAUUUUGGGGCGUUCCGGCGGCUAGAGCGACUCAUGAAGCAUACUCAGUUCAACUCUACCAGAUUUGCACACGUGUUCUCGGAGACAGGGAAGUAUGUGUUCCUGGACAACGCCAUUCCAGAGUGGAGUCUAGUGGUAGUGGUCAGUGAGAGAGGGACAGAGUGUGACCCCACUGUAGCCGUUUUCCAGCCCAUGACCCCCGCCCAACUGGUCAAGCACGGGGUCAUCAAACAACACCGGCUCAACCUGCUGCCUGACUGGGGCGCCAUCGUAGGUGUCCUGAGUCUCCUGCUUGUGCUGAUCCUGGUGCUCACCACCACAGCUCUGGUUCUGAAGCCCAGUCGGGCCAAGUUGGUGUGCCAUGGCAAACUGAGGCCUAAGUGGCGGAGCCUGGGAGAGCCCAUCCUUCCAGUGGAAUACGUCUACAGUGGAGAAAGCCUGAAUGGCCAGGGGGUGCUGGGUUGCAGGGGAGUGGGAGAGGGGGCCGAGGCUGAGGAGCCUUCAGUCUGCCGUGGAGGAGGAUACAUGACUGGGAAGUUUGAGCUGGAGGAAUUCAAUGUGAAAACUCUCUACGACAAGCUGGAGGAUCAGAACCUGCAUUUGGCGUCUCAGCUGGCCAGGCACCGCAAGGACACCCAAGAGUUCUACCGAAAUAUCUGCCAACAGACAGAUGCCCUGAGGGAUGUUCUGGAGAACAUGGAACCCAAAAAGUUGAGUCUGUUGAAAGAGCUAUUGGAACGUGAGGCCUUGCAGAAUGAUCCAUACACCAAUACGGAUGCAGACGGGGAUGGACAUAUCCAAUCAACAAAAAAGCCGUCAGUGGUGCUGAUGGGAACUGUAGUCAGAGCUUUGGAGGCAGUCCUGUACAGACUGAGUGGAGAGGGCUGGCAGCAGCAGGACAUGACCGCAGCACACUGCCACACAGACACCAGGGAGUGUGAGCUGCACACUGGCUACACACAGUUUUCCUCAGCCAACAUGACCAAACCUGCAUCAGGCCAUGAGAUAGGACUACCACCUCAUGAUCUAGUACACCUACAGAGCACAGCCCCCUGUCUGAGUGAGCAGGACCUGUCCAAACUAGUGGCCAUGACCCCUCUGUCCAGGACCCUGCAGGAGAUACAGGAGUCCCUCCAGAACCUACCCGGUGUAGACAGAGCCAGUACUGACAAGACCACAGACGACCCAGCAGUGCACCUGAUCCCCGUUGCCCUGGACAACCUCUCUCCACAGCACUUUGCCAUCUUCCUGUUCGGCUGUCAUGUUGUGAAACUGCUGUGCAACACCCAAAUCUUCCCCCCAGUCACACUGCUUCUGGCCAAAACGGUUCCUGUCUCAGCCUACGAGGGCCUGGUGUCACACUGCAAUGGGGACUUUUAUUUUGACACCACCAACCAGAUUCUGUAUCUCUGUGAGGCAAAGCUUGAGAGUGUGGGACAGUUUAUUGCCACUCUCCUACAGUCUAUGGCCUAUAUUGCUUCAGGUUCCAAGCCUGAAAGCUUCAUGCAAGCCCUCCAUCAUGCCAUCUCUGCUUUGAGCCUUCAGUUGUUCAUCGCCUCUUUCAGAUAUGAAGCAAACAAGGCAAAGAGGGACACCUCACUGACCUCAGACCAGUCUCCUGGGAAGUUAGUGGAGGACUUUCUCAAUGUCCGUGUCCCCACUGAAAGCCAGUUCACAGAGCACCUCUUGUCAGACAGACUCCAGCGAUAUAAGUAUUUCAAAGUGGAGCAAAUAAUGCGGGAUCUUAAGCAAUUUCCAGCCGAGGACACUGAAAAGGGACCUUCAGGACAAUGUUUAAGAACACCCAUUCAAGCUCACUUUUUGGAGAAGGAGAUGGACCAUCUAAAUGAGGUUUUCCUGCAGCUCACCCUUAAACUCCAGAAGAGAACCCAGUGUGCAACACCCGAGAAGGCCCUGAGUCGUAAUGGAACAAUGAUGUUAGAGCUGAAGAGACGGUACAUAUCCCAGAGGCUCGACGAGCUGCAAAUCAUAUUAAACGGGAUGAGCCGGCGCCAGCUAGAUAACCACAGUCCAGAGGAAGAGGAGCAGACCCGAGAUCACCCACACCCAGAGCCAGACAACCAUAGAUCAGACGGUCAGGAGGAACACAGUCAUUCUCCAGACCAUGAGGACCUAGACAGCAGGGUACCAAAGAACCAUAAACUAGAAGAUAACCAGAGCCCAUACAAUCAGGAAGUAGAAAGCCAGGGACCAAGCAGUCAGAUGACAAGCAUGGAUAAAACAGGCUUCAGAGAACUAGAUGUAUGGGAAUAAGCCAGUCAGAAAGCAUGUGAAAAUGGGGUAUUGCUGAAGUGUGUGUUUUUGCUGUGAUUUGUCUUCUCAUGAUUUUGUAGAUUACAUGUACGGUUUAGUGUAUAGAUGUAUAAUAGGUUUAUCACAUCUGAUUUAAUCAAACUGGUCAUUUUCA